AUGUUCUAUGCCACCAUCGAGUACUCGCCACAGAUCAAAGAGAUGCUCUGGUACACACCGCCAACACCUCCUCUGGACGACGACGAUGGCUGUGAGAGCAUGGAGCUCAAUCCACUGCUCAAGGACCGUGAUCCCGUAGGACGUUAUCCAUGGUGCUCGACAUGUUCGUUGCCCUGGGCAAAAUUUAUCGAAGUUAAGAUAUCGACUUCAGCUCUGGCCCGCCUACGACAAGGUGCAAGCUUCUCAAACAUGUGCUUGUGGAAGUCUUGCGCUCCCGAGGUUUCCUUGUGGGUGGAGAUUAGAGAUGAAGACGCCAGAUACUACAAGCUUCGUCGACGGAUUCCAUAUGGUGAGCUCGCACUCGAUGGACCGCCGACUGUGAUGGAGCUUGUGGACGUGGUGUUCAAACACGAGCAAACAACCAGAUGGACCAGAGUGCAUUGGAUAUCCGGCAGCGAGGGAAUGACGCCUGGCGAUGAUGAUCUGAGCAUGAUCAUCUGGAAAGCACCUGAAGCCUGA